CAUUUCUUAAAAGACCUGACUACUUUGUGGGCAAAAGGUGAGUGCUUCUGAGGAGGAGAAUUGCUAGACAGAAACCUCAUGGUCAGUUUGCUCCUUAGUCUGACAGUGUAGUAUGCCAGCAGAUUCGGUUGUGGGAUGCUGAUUUCUGGGCAAUGUGUUCCAAAGUAAGGUUCCUGGUCACUCCUAACUGAAUAGCUCCCUCAGAGUGAGUACUACUAAGCACAACUUAGAUUCCAGAGUACUGGGCUGUUGGCAGAAAGGCAAUUUACAUGGUUAAAUUACAAUUUCCCUUUUUACAGAGAGUGAUUUUGUAAUAGCCCCAGCCUGAAAUAAUGCUAUGAAGAGAAGUCUUUUGGAGGAUUACUACACAUGAUAAGUGAUAUUUAUAUCAGGGUGACUAUGAACAGAUAUGGCAUCUGUUGUUCUCUCAAUAAUGACCUGGGCACAGCCACGGUCAUUGGGAAAUUGUUUUAUUGAGAGUGGGAAUGCUGUCUGAGAAGCUUUAUAGAGUGAUUAAUUUGGCUGAUAUUAAACAUACAGUAUAGCGGAAAGCACAAGUGCACAGAAUGCCCCUUAGAAAAGAAUUUAGGGAGAGAGAGAGUGGGCAAAAAUAACAAAUAUGACUUUCACUACUGUGAUUACUUCUUUUAUUAUGUUCCUGCCUGACAGAUAUUAUCAGCUAGGAUAGAUCUGCUCUCAUGCUCUGUGUUUAAUUAUCGCCGGGCCAAGGAUUUCUCAUUCAAGGGCCCUUGACUGUGGCACACACACUCAAAGGAGGUAUGCUGAGUUCUCUUACUGUUGGCCUUUAGACUGAGCAUACUGUAAGGCCAGUCCGUUUUGACUGACUAACCUUGACUAUGCUGGACCCUCCUCCUCUUCCUCCUUCCAAGUGUUUCUAAAUCUUCUAUCCCCUUCACCUCUUUCCCCAUGUUUGUUUGAAUGGGCUGUGGAGCAGGUGUCUCGUUGGGUUUCCCUUUCUGCCACAUUCAUUGAUUCCUUGUGGCCAUGCCUUUGAUCUGGGCAAUUCUUAUCCGUUUCUAGUCUCAGCUGCUUGGCUAUAAGGGUCCUACAAAUGGUCUAAAUAGCUUAAGAUUUUUCCAGUGUUCCUGUUCUUCUUUCCAUAAUGCUUAUUUCUUGUAUUCUUCUUUCUAAAGUUAUUGACUUGCCAAUGAUCUUUUUCAUUGGUUGCAUGAAGGGACAACUUCUAGAGACAAGGGAAAUGGUGUCUACAGAGAAAUGCUCAGUAUGAGUUAGCAAAUGUCACCGUUUGGGAAGCUUUCAUGGCAUCAGACAGCAGUGAUUGACAUCUCUGUGUCUAUUGAAAUGUCUGUGGCCACAUUUUCCAAAAGCAGCUUCUAAAACUUCAUCUCUUAAACCUGCAGGUGCAAAUCUAGAUGCUGGGUUGAGGUGAACUGAAAAUGUGUCUUCUGGAGUCUCCUUCUUCUCAAGUGUAAACCCUUCCAUUCUCCUCUUCACCUACUCAAAGACCAAAUCUGGAAAAAGUAACCAAAAGGUGGCCCACAUCAUAGACGAAGCAGGGAAAGUGGGAUGGUGGUGAAAUAAUUUAAAGGUUGGCCAAAUGCAGCAGAGCAUGGAAUGAACAAUAAGAGGUUAAAUUGAUGGAUGACCAACAAGAUAAGGAUUGUGCCUCAGAAGACCAUGAAACUAUCCUGAUUAAUGGGGUGAAAGAAAAUGAGUCACAUGACCCAGACAGUGAUGAGAAGCCUUGCACUGCUGCAGAUGCUGCAGUUACACUUUCAGCCUUGACAAUAGCUCAGAAGGAAAAUCAAGUGUGCCACCGAGUGCUGCCGCCUCUGACAUCAAAAAAGCCCUGUUUGCUGAGCCCUCCUUCUCCUCUGAGACUCACUGAUGUACCUGAGCACACUUCAGAUGACUCGUCUGCACACGCUAUUUCUCUUACAUCUUGUGUUACAAAGGGCAUGAGCUCCUGGUCUCUGCCAGGCGAUUGUGAGAAGGCUCCAUUCACAAUUAUGGAGCCCGGAGGCAUGUCAGCUCUGACUGGUGACUGCUUGAUGCAGCCAAGCCGGACCUGUCUAGGCUGCUUUAUUGAAUCAAAGGACGGCAUUGAUGCAGAGCCGGGAAUAAGCUUGAAAGUGGGUGAUAUAAAUAGGGAUUAUGAUACCUGUUCAGUCUCUGAUAUAGGGAUUCACUGCAUGAGCACAGGAGAAACCAUGAGAUAUGGGGAUCAACUGCUUUCAGACCAGCUUUUAAGCUUCCCUAUGCAUAAAUCGAGGGCAGCAGACAAAAGAGAUGCAGAGAAAUCUGACAGUGAUUCAGAGGACCCCACUCAGAAAAAUUAUUAUGAGGGAUUACUAUUAGACAAAUGCAAUGGUGAGGAACCUUUACUAACAAAUCCCAACCAGGAAUGGGGCUAUUUUGAAUCUUUCAUUAGUGAAAGUAAAAUUGAGCUGCUUGACCUUUGCUCCAAGAACGAGCUUUCUGUAAACCUGUUUUCUGAGGAAGAUGUGGAUAAUUAUAUGUUUGAUGAUGAUGAUUCAACCUUGGGAAGUGACGUCUGCUCCUUAAAGAUUAGAUAUGAAUCUUUUCAAGACAACGUGAGAGAGAAGACCAGUGCUCUGCAAGAGGAUGCCCAGUUCAACUUCUUUCCCAGUGUGUUUGGCAACUGCACUAAAAGGGACAGCAAGAGUACCCUGAAGAGAGGAGCUGGUGGUGCUGCUGAUCCUUCCCAAUUCAAAUCUGAAGAGGGCAUCAUUUGGGGGGAAGAAGAGGAGGAUGGAGAGGAGGAGGAAGGAGAGGAGGAGAAAGUUGCCUUAAACAAAACUUGCAACAGUACAGAGGUGGUGCAGUAUAUAGGCCCUAAAAGGAGCCACUUCUUGGAUUCUGUGAAUUCCACAGAGGACUCCGGGGAGUUCAGCGAUGACAGCACCUGCACAGAGUCCUCGGACGAUGUGCUGCGGGAUAUUAAGGACUGUAGUAAGUAUCUAUCCAGGGAACAUUCCAAUUCCUUCAUUCAGCAGAACUAUGGGCUGCGGGCAAAGAGGAAAGUGCGAUACAGUGAUGAUUACUUGUACGAUGUGGAUUCCAUCGAGAGCGAGAAGAUUCUGGAUAAGAAAGAGUGGCUCCCGGAUGGACCCAAAGAGGAAGAUGAUGAUGACUGGUGCCCCAAGAAAAGGCGAAAAGUAUCUCGCAAGGAGCCCCCAGUUAUCAUCAAGUACAUCAUCAUUAACCGAUUUAAAGGGGAGAAGCAUAUGCUGGUGAAGCUCAGUAAAGUCAAUGCCAAUGAGACAACUGUUACACUCAGUGAGGAACUGCUUUGCAAGUAUGAAAAACUGGCCCCACUGAAGGGCUUCUGGCAAGAGAAGCAUCAGAGCCGGAUGGAUUAUCUUAGAUCAUCUCUCUAUCACAAACAGAAUUUCUAUCUUAAUGGCUCCGAUGCCUCAUUCCUCCCUCACCCGAGAAAGCGAAAAUGCAAAAUAGCAAAUAGGCACAGGAUUCAAAGAAUUAAAGCCAUUGAGCAAUCGGUGAACAAACUGGGGUCCUACUCCUCUGAUCAGAAGCAGCCUUGCAGCAGUAAAGAGGAUGCAGGCCUGAAAGGGAUGCAGGCAUUAGCCAUAGCUACCCCCAGCUGUGCAAAUGGAUUACAUUUAAAUGACAUCACAGGCAUUGCCUCAGUGAAGUACAAAUCAGAGGAAAGGGACUAUAAGGGAACAGAGAGGAAAGUGCUACGCCGAAUCAAAUUCAAAAGUGAAGCCAGGUUGAAAUGUAAGAAAAUCAAAGCUGCCACCAGUGUGGGAGAAAUCUCUCCUGCUUUGGAAAAUCAGGACACAGCAGCUAAUUUGAAGGAUGAAAAUAUUCCUUGUGCUUCAGAAAGCUCCCAGAUUUCUGAGUGCCAUGAGGAUAAGGUUGUUAAAAAUGCUAAUUUCCUGCCAGCCGCCUGCUCUCCAGACAAAGCUUUACCAUCUUCUAAUAUCACCACCAAUGUACCCCUGAUCCCUGGCGGGUAUCUGCAGACAUUGUUAGAUGCUUCUGAUUUGUCAAGUAACACUGGUAUCUCCUACUUCACCCAGCAUCCCUCGGAACAGCAGCAUUCCCUCCCCAGCAUUGUUCAGGCAGAAAAGCCGUUCUCUGCUCUGCAGACAGCCCAGAGUUGUGUGCUGUCCCCGCCUUCAGAAUCUGAACUGCAGCAGUCACCAGGCCACAUAGAAAUUGAUCAGACCAACUUCAGUACCAUGUGGCCAGCCAACAAGGCUGCCAGCAGCAACCAUCAGGAAUUUGCAAGUGACUUGAGGGAGGUUUCUGCAUUAUCAAACGAGUUUGGUGGCUCAGCAGGAGCAGACAAUCUUCCAGCCUCUGGAUAUAGUCAAGUAAAUCUGAAUAGCAGCAAAUUGCUAUACCAAAAAAAAUAUACGCCAGAUAACCAACAAGUACAGUCUGACGAUUCUUAUCAGUCAUGUCAUUUUAAUAAUGGAGAGGGGCGCUUUCAUUUCCAACGAGGUACACUAAGCACAGAUGACGGCAGACUCAUUAGUUUUGAUUCAGUGGGCUCAUUGUCAGUUAGUUCAAGCAAUUACAGUUCUUUAAGUCUAAAGUCUUGUGAAAAGGAUGGCGAAGAUGAUAUUAAUGAUGAUUUCUUGGCCCACUGCAGUCCCAAGCUAGUGAUCCAACAAAGCAUAGAUGAAAUAACCCCUUUGAAAGAGUCUACGGAUCUUUUAGACAUCUCCAACUUCACACCUGAUAAGUUCCGUCAGUCAUCACUUUCGGAAAUGUCUCCUCCAGACACCCCCAAUCUUUCCCCUCAGAUAACUGUGUCAGACACCAAAUCGCUAGGCAAUCUGAAAGGUUUUCAGGAGACCACUCAGACCAUGCUAAGCAAUACUGAAAAGGUCAAGUGGAACUGUGGGGUUCUUCAGACCCAGGAUCAGGCAGAUAAUGGGUUUACUUUAAAUAAUCAUCAGUUUCAGUUCCAUAUGUUUAAUGAUGAGGAUUCUGUUAGUCUCCUUGAAAAAAGUCCAUGCUUAUCAACAUUUAAUGAGCCAUCUGGUCAAAUUAGCACCAAUAGCAAAGUGUCAAAAUCAAAGAGGAAAAGUUCAUCCAGCAAGAAUGUAGGUACAAACCAAAGUUCUCCCCAGAAAAACACUAGGAAAAAAUCUCCUAAAACUAAUAAAGGAACUGAUAAACCACAAAGUAAGAAUUCUAGGCAAACUCCCAAGUCAACAAGAAAAGGGAAAAAUGCAGCUGGAGUCAAUGGUGAAAAGGCUCAAGCAGUUGGUAGCAGGACAGUCAAUCAGUUAAAUAAUACAACCUCAACUACAAAGGCACUAGCUGAAUGCAUUCAGCACCGCAGUCCAACCUCUGUAAAGAUAGGGAAGCAUAAUGGACUUUCUGGUGAAUGGUCACUAAGAAAAGACAAUAAUACAGGCUGGUCUGAAACUAACAUAGCAAACACUAACAACCUCCUUGAUGAUGAUCAAAGAGAAUUUGAGGAACCUUCCAAUAUUUUAUCCAACAUUGCAUCUGGAAUGGCAGAUGUUCAGAGAUUUAUGAUGGCCUCAAUUGAACCCUUGUGGGGGCCUGUAGGCCAUAGCAGUGUCCCAGAUAUAUUCCGGUCACCUGAAUCGAACAGCCUGAAAUUGAAAACUCUCAAAAUUUUGGCAGGGACAUCGCAAGAGUCCAAGAAAAAGGGAAAUGGCAAUUCCCCGGGAACUGCAAAGAAUCACAAGUCAAGCAACAAGGGCUCAAGCAAAAAUAAUGGCAAAGCCACAACUUGUGAUCCCAGUCGUCCCAACUGUUCAACUGGGUACAACAUAGACAUUCACUCUCCCUUUUUUGAUAAAAGCUAUAGUAACCUGAGCACUUUAGGCAAUAAUGGACCUACCCAUAAAAAGCUGUAUCGUCAUAAAUCAAGUUCUAAAUCACUGAGGGAUGAGAACUGUAAAGUAAAGCGAACAGACCGUGAACAGCCCCAUAAGGACCCAUCUGUGACAGCUUCUUUUGAAAAACUGAGGGAAUCAGACUACAUUCUUCUUAAAGCAGAAACAACAUUUUUGGUUUUACCUGUGUUUGAAGAAGAGACUCCUUUUUCUAAAAAGACAUUUGAUGUUUGUUUGUUUUUGUUUUUGUUUGUUUCUUUCAAAAUAUGCCUUGUGGUAUGUUGAAAUGUAAGUGCUGAAAUGAAGAGUUUGAAAUUGUGGGAAUUUAUUCUUUGAAAGCAAACCUAAUCUGGUAUUCUCUGUGAAAGACUUUUAAAAGUCAUACUGUUGUACAGUAGUUUAUGCACUAUUACCCACACAACAACAAAAAUUGUGCCAAACUAUGAACAAGUGACUGUACUGUACAUAUUUUUACUUCUCUAUCAACUUUGGGUUGUGAGUGUUUUCUGGAACUAUGCCUUUUGAUUUACUAUAAACAUUCCAGUGAUUAUGUAUUAACCACCCC